AUGUCAUCAUCAUCAUCAUCAUCCGAUGAACUCGAAGAAAGAUUGGACGAAGUCUUCGACGAAAUCCUCGAAGAUACAUACAACGAUAUAGUGGAGGCCCAAACCAAUAAUCUACGGAGAUGUACUUAUGUAGAACGAAACCGUGAAGCAGACCACAACCGUUUAUGGAAUGACUACUUCAGCGAAGACUCGACAUACUCGGCACAGUUAUACAGACGGCGUUUCCGCAUGAACAAGGAUUUAUUCAUGCGUAUUGUCCAUGACCUCUCAGAGAACGUCCUGUUCUUUCAACAUAGACAAGAUGCAACCGGGAGGUUUGGUCUUUCUCCACUUCAAAAAUGUACGGCAGCAAUUCGUCAGCUUGCUUGCUUAUGGUUCUGCGGCUGA